AUGAUUACUAUUCUGGAGUUAACCGGAUGCGACACACGCCUUGGCAACCGUCAAGUGCUACAUAAACGCUUAUCUGUUUUGAGCUGCAAAUAUUUGUCGCGUAUCGAGCACUUGUCGCCCACACUGAGCACCCUAUCCCCAACGGCGGUGCUGAAGGGGAGUGACUUCUUAACUCCUUGCUCCCGGCCGGCGUGUUGCCAUCAUCCCAGUGGUGGAAUCCGAGUAACGGGAAACGACGAGAGAGCACUCGUGCGUAGAGUACGGCCGGUGCUGGUAAACUCCAACGUCGAGAAACAACAAACGUUAUCCUGGAUACCUACUUGCAAUGAUGUCGUCUAUGCUGGCACAGCUGGAGGUGAUGACGGAGGUCCUGAGAGGAGGGGUCUUGAAGGAGGAGGAUAUAUAAGAACAGAAGAUAUCAGAACAUUGGCAACUCAGCACUGGACACAAUCAACACAUCUACAACCAACAUCUAUCUACACACAAAGACAUCCUACUACAAACCAAACAAUCCAAAGCAAUCAAGAUGUGCGGCCUCGGAAAAUUCUUCAAAUCCAAGCCCUGCCCCAAAUCCACCACCCCCACCCCCACCCCACCCCCACUCCCGAAAUCCCACCCCACCCCUCCUCCUCCUCCUCCACCGCCACCGCCACCGCCCCUCAUGAAAAGGCGUCACCCAACCUCUCCCUCCCCCUCACCGGCAAGAUAGCCCUCAUCACCGGCGCCUCCAAAGGAAUCGGCGCCUCCAUCGCCACAAAGCUCCAUUCCCAAGGCGCAACCGUAAUAAUCAACUACUCGCGCGACCCCACGCCCGCCGCCGCCCUCGUCGCCCAGCUCGGCCCCUUCCGCUCCCACCACAUCAAAGCCGACGUCAGCAGCGUCACCGAGUGCAAGCGCCUCGUCGACGAGACCGUCUCCCGCUACGGCCGCAUCGACAUCCUCGUGCUCAACGCUGGCGUGCUACCUAAUCGCGACCUGGCCGCAACAACAGAGGACGAGUUCGACGGCACCUUCGCCGUCAACGUGAAGGGCCCGUAUUUCAUCACGCAGGCGGCCGCACCGCAUAUACCGUCUGGUGGGAGGGUGGUGUUUUUCAGCACGUCGCUGACGGCCGCGACGACGGUGACGCCAAACUACUUGUUGUAUAUUGCGACGAAGGGGGCGGUGGAGCAGAUGACGAGGGUGCUGGCGAAGGAUCUGGGGAGGAGGGGCAUCUGUGUAAACUGUGUCUCGCCCGGGCCGACGGGGACGGACCUGUUUUAUAAUGGGAAGCCGCAGGCGGUGGUGGAUAUGAUUGCGGGGUAG